CUUAAUCUAAGAAGAGUGGGGCACAAAUUAGGGUUAGGGUUAGGGUUAGGGCUUCUCCCUUUUUAAGCCGCCGUUGUUGAAAGAUGACUGGUAAGGCGAAGCCGAAGAAGCAUACGGCGAAGGAGAUUCAAGCGAAGAUCGAUGCUGCGUUGACGAAUCGAGGAGGAGGCUUAGCUGGAAUAGCUGAUCGGACCGGAAAAGAGAAAGGAGGUCACGCUAAGUAUGAGUGUCCUCACUGCAAAAUCACGGUUCCGGGUCUAAAGACUAUGCAGAUCCAUCACGAAUCCAAGCAUCCUAAGCUCACUUAUGAUGAAUCAUUGGUCGUUAAUCUCCAUGCUGUGUUAGCACCUGUUGCUGAGUCAAAACCUAAACCUGGUAUCAGGGGAAGCUUGAAGAAGUAACUCUAUUGUUUCAAUUUUGUCAUCUUUUUAUUUUCAAAGAUUAUGAUUUUGCUACUCAAAUCGAUAAUGUUGUUGAUGUUAUAUCAAUAAACUCUGUGUGUCAUUUAACGAUUUCUCAUUCUCGAGUCCUUUGGUAUUAGCUUUGUAGUUUCAGUUCCUCUGUUUAUUUGUGUUGGUAUUACAUUCUAAAGGCAAGAAUCUGUUUGGUCUUA